AUGGUCAUAGAGAAUAGCUCCCCAGAACAUAAUAGUCGCUCCAGUACCGAAUUUGCGAUUGAUAUUCCGAGAAAUAUCACCAGUCUCAAAAUAAGACUCAUCUGUAAAAACGACUACAUCAGCAAGCUCGCCUAUUACCCAGGGCGCAGCCCCUACGUCCUGGCGGGCAUUCUGCGCCACGAGCGCCCAGCGCGUCCGGCACCGCCAGACUACAACCUUCGCGCCAGGCUCCGCCGCAGGACCGUCCCACUCUCUGGGACCGCCAGGAGAUAUGGCUCACGUCCGGAGGGCACUCGCCAAUGCUCUGGUCGCCUGGGCCGCCAUGAGAUUCCCUCCCCCUCCGGAGACGCUAGGAUGGAGUGA